UUUUCCUUAAAACAUUCACACGUUUUUCCAUAAAGCCAUUUCUGUUGGCAAAUUCCUGACCACAACCAAGGAGAAAAAAAAAAUCCAAAAAUACUUUAACCUUAUCAUCAACCAAGUGAGCACACCACCCUUUAUUUAGUUAUAUGCCAUUUGGGGUUGUAACUGCAGUAAACUGAAAACAAGAACAUUAAAAAAUGGCAGCCAUUAAACUGCUGGAAUUAGCUCUAUUAUUCAACCUGUUUUCAACCCCAAAUCAAUUGGGUGGAUUACUUACUGGGAAUGGAAAGCCUGCAUCAUUUCCACCAUCAUGUAAUCGAAUCGAAUGCCCGAGUUUCGAUACGAUUGAACAAGGAAAUGGCUAUGAAAUUCGUCGCUAUAAUUCAUCUGUUUGGGUGUCCACCAACAAAAUUGUUGAUAUCUCUCUUGUUCAGGCUACUCGUACUGGAUUCUUGCAGCUGUUCAACUACAUUCAAGGGAAAAACGAAUAUAAGAAAACAAUAGAGAUGACAGCUCCAGUGAUCACACAAGUCUCCCCAAGUGAUGGACCCUUGUGUGAAUCUUCAUUUUUGGUGAGCUUCUACGUUCCGAAGGAGAACCAGGCAGACCCGCCCCCUGCUGAAGGGCUGCAUAUCCAGAGGUGGGACUCGACUUACGUAGCAGUCCGACAGUUUGGGGGGUUUGUCGCUGACUAUGAAGUUGGAGAGGAAGCCGCAGCAUUGCAGAGCAGCCUUGCAGGGUCCAAAUGGGCAGCUGCCAUCGAGAAAGCCCAAACAGAGAAUCCUAAGUCGAGUUAUACCGUUGCUCAGUAUAAUUCUCCAUUCGAAGUCUUCAAUAGGGUGAAUGAGAUAUGGUUGAGUUUUGAGAUGGAGGAUGUUGCUGCUGAGUGAAUGAGAAAAACCAUUGUACUUGAAUAAAAUUGGGCAUUUGUAACAAACAAAUACUCCUAUAUGAGAAUAGCAUUUCUAUGCCUUUAUGAUCUUAUAUCAGCCACUUUUGUUACAGUAAAAGUGUUUUCGAUCUUGUCAUAAUUAUAAAUUUUGGGCAGUUCGGAAUUAA